AUGGGUCAGACUCUAUCGGAGCCCGUUGUCGAAAAGACUUCGGAGAAGGGUGAGGAUGAGCGCCUCAUCUACGGUGUUUCGGCCAUGCAAGGCUGGCGCAUUAGUAUGGAGGAUGCUCACACCGCAGUACUCGACCUCGACUCAGCCAAGUCUCACUCCAGCAAGCUGUCCUUCUUCGGUGUUUUCGACGGACACGGUGGUGACAAGGUGGCACUAUUUACCGGCCAAAACAUUCACAACAUUAUCUUCAAGCAGGAGACCUUCAAGUCUGGUGACUAUGCUCAGGGUCUGAAGGACGGUUUCCUCGCGACCGAUCGCGCUAUUCUCAACGACCCAAAGUACGAAGAAGAGGUUUCCGGUUGCACAGCCUGUGUCAGCUUGAUCGCUGGCAACAAGCUCUAUGUUGCCAACGCUGGUGAUUCGAGAGGUGUUCUUGGUAUCAAGGGUCGUGCCAAGCCUUUAUCUCAGGACCACAAGCCCCAACUCGAGAACGAAAAGAACCGAAUCACAGCUGCCGGUGGCUUUGUCGACUUCGGCCGAGUGAACGGAAACCUCGCCCUCUCGCGUGCUAUUGGUGAUUUUGAAUUCAAGAAGAGUGCUGAGUUGUCCCCCGAGAACCAAAUUGUCACAGCCUACCCCGAUGUUGAGCAACAUGAUCUUACAGAUGAGGAUGAAUUCCUGGUUAUCGCUUGUGAUGGUAUCUGGGAUUGCCAAUCCUCUCAAGCCGUGGUUGAGUUCGUCCGACGAGGCAUCGCUGCCAAGCAGGAGCUCGACAAGAUUUGUGAGAACAUGAUGGACAACUGUCUUGCCUCCAACUCCGAGACCGGUGGCGUUGGCUGCGACAAUAUGACCAUGGUCAUCAUCGGCUUCCUCAACGGAAAAACCAAGGAAGAGUGGUACGAGGAGAUCGCCCGCCGGGUCGCCAACGGAGAUGGCCCAUGUGCUCCUCCCGAGUACGCCGAAUUCCGAGGACCUGGAGUCCACCACAACUUUGAGGAUAGCGACAGUGGCUAUGAGAUGGAUCCUGAAAACAAGGGACGAAGCUUUGGAGUUGGUGGGUACCGAGGCCGGAUCAUUUUCCUCGGCGAUGGCACUGAGGUUCUCACGGAUUCAGAUGAUACAGAAAUGUUUGACAACGCCGACGAAGACAAAGACCUCGCCAGCCAGGUCACCAAAAACCCGUCAUCCGCCGAGAAGGACACCGCUCCUGUAACUGCCCCUGGCGCCGCCGCCGCCGCCGAUAACGCUUCCGCCGAUACGAAACCCGCCGAUGCAACCGUUACGAAGCCUACCGACAAGGACGCAGCGGAGGAAGUGAAGAAGGAGGCCAGUGCCCAGGAAAUCAAGAAGGAAGAAUAG